UCCGCUGCUCCACCCAUUUAGAUAGUCCAGCACUGCCGCUUUACCGCCAGUCGUUAUGCACCCCCACCCUCAACCACCCCACAGACACCCCACCCCCGCCUGGGUAGCACGCUGGGAGAAAGAUGCAGGGGAGGAGGGAACGGGAGUGAUGAGCAAUAAAGAGCAGAGAGCAUGCUCGGCGUGAGAGAUGAAGCAGAGAGGAGCAGGAUUGUGUGGACUGCUGAUUGCAACAAGGAGGGGCAUGCAGAGGGAGGGACAUGGGAGAUUCCUAGCAGUGUGCUUGAGAGACAAGCUCUGAACGUGUGACGUGCCGUGGACUCGUUGAACCUGUGUGACGCCUUCUACAUGUUGUCAUGCUCAACGCCUCAUGUGCGCUGAAGACUUGGGCGACCUGGAAGACGGCGAGAGGGGCGUGAUGGCUCGACGAGCCCUGGCUCCAUCGCACACCCCCAGAUAUCCACCAGCAAUUCUGUUGGCUUCUCCUGCUGAUCCACCUCAGCCCUCGUCAAUGUCCUUCCUGUGCGCCUUCCUGCCACUGCACUCUCUGAAUAGACGCUGCUGUCAACACACAUGUGAGUCUUAAGGAAUGCCAAUGAGAGCUCAUGAUCCGAAUCCCUGGCUGCACCAUGCUGCGUUAAGGUGACUCUUCUAUUUGAAGACUUUACAUUUUCAUUUUAUAGCUGCCACAAUCCCAUGUUUGGUGACGUAUAUGAUGCGGGGCAGUUUUUAUAAACCAAAUCUUUUUUCUUUAACAAGAAGAGCCAACAGGAUGAGCAACAUAUAUGGAGGGAACUACAAAUAAGGUCAAUCGGGGUCCAACAGGAAUGAGGCAUUGCACACAUUAAUGGAGAUUUAUUAACCCCAGUAGCUGCAUACGCAUGCAGCGGAUAGGUUUUAAUUGCGGAUUUUCCAGGAACAAAAGAGCCGCUUGGGCUGCAGUGACGGCGUGCUAAAGCAAUGUCACUUGCAGAACAACAAUCAUAAAAAAGGGAUAUUUGGGGGAUGGAUGAAGCCAACAGUCCCUCUGCUGACAUACCUUCCAAGGAGAAACCUGAUCUCCCUCCAUGUGAGUUUUUUGUCUCAGUUUCACUGACGGAUUCUUCCACAUCCCGACACGCUGGCAAACUGUCAGUAGUUUUCGUCACUGUGUCUGCUUUCAUUCAUCUACUGUGUGUGUCGACUGACGUCUGACCCCAUGAGUGGAGGCGGCUCCCUGCAGCAACGCACCACCUACCUCAUCUCCCUAACCUUGGUCAAGGUAGAGGCAGUGGAGGAGAAUGGAGGGGAGACGGAGAGCAGCAUCCCGAGGAGGGAGACCCCAGUGGGACUGGGGAACCAGUCAGGGGAGAGUGCGGGAGAAGAAGCCGGAGUGAAGGUGGAAACUGAAGCGGAGAGCGAAGCUGGAGCAUUUGGGGCCCAACUACUGGGGGCUGGGGCUGAGAGCCCGGUUUUUGUGAAAGGGGGGAAACCAAGUGAACUCAAAGAUGAAAGGAGAAAAACCCCUAGCCCCUUGAAAGAUAAACCCUCCUGCACUGUUGAUGGCCCGAGAGCAAGUGGUGGAAAACCACAGUGCAAACUUUCUAUCCCCUUCUCGUCAGAGAGAGCCAAGUCCCCGGAGACAGACUUAACUCAGGCAGAGAAAACACUUUGUGCCCUUGAGGCGAAACAAACCAAGUCUCCAUUGCUGACCACUAUACCCCUAACAGAGGUGGUUGAACCUGUUCGUACUCCGACCAGAACUAGUCUCCCUAUUCGUCCUGUCGGACAGCGGCCUGUGAGUCUGCUCAAGUCUCACAGCAGCGUGGCCACCCGCGGUCGGGACUCUAGGGAGGGUAGAGAGCGCAGUCCGACUUCAGCCCAGAGUCUUGACCGUAAGGACUGCCGAAUGCCCACACGCUCCCCAGGGCCCUGCAGGGCCUCCUGGGCCGAGACGAGCAGGACAGAAGUAUGGCGGGACGUUCGAGAUGAUGUCCAAGCUGGAAUACAGCUGGAAAUUGGAGGUGGGUCGGCUGCAAUGCUGAGAGACAUGCCUCGGAAGGACAGGUUUAAAUCAGGUUCAACCUCCCUACCUGCACCAGCAACCCAGGCAACCAAACCACCACGCAAGGGGAAAAGCCGUACACUGGAUAAUAGUGACCUGAACAGCCUCUCUGAAGACCUAGCGCUGACCAGGGAGGCCCAGCAGGGCCAACGAGGUGCCUCUAAAGACAGGAAGAUGCUGAAAUUCAUCAGUGGCAUUUUCACAAAGAGCAGUUCAGGGGUUGCUGGGUCAUCGUCGUCAGCUGCUCCUAUCUUUAUACAGAGAGACUCCAGUGAGGAGGAAGUAAACAUUGCCAACAGUCAGGAGUGGAGCCUGAGCAGAUCUAUCCCUGAGCUGAGACUAGGCAUUCUGGGAAGCCUUAAAAGCGGCAAGUCAGCCCUGGUGACCAAAUACAUCACAGGCAGUUAUGUUGCGCUUGAGAAGCCUGACGGUGGCAGGUAUAAAAAGGAAGUGCUGGUGGAUGGACAGAGUUAUUUAUUACUGAUCCGAGAGGAAGCUGGGCCACCUGAUGCACAGUUCAGCAGCUGGGUGGAUGCAGUGAUUCUGGUGUUUAGUUUGGAAAAUGAAGGCAGCUUCCAGGAGCUCUACCAGCUGUACAGCCAGCUCGACUCGCACCGCACAGAUGUUCCCGUCAUCGUUGUUGGCACUCAAGAUAAAAUCAGCAGCACAAACCCACGUGUGAUUGAGGAUCAAAGGGCCCGACAGUUGUGUAUUGAUGUGCGUCACUCGCUCUUCUAUGAGACCUGCGCCACCUACGGCUUCAACGUUGAUCGAGUGUUUGCAGAGGCUGCCCAGAAGAUUGUCGCCCAAAAGAAACAAGCGGCGCUGCAAGCCUGCAAGUCCCUUCCGAACUCGCCAAGUCACUCUGGAGGUUCCACACCUGGAUCAGCCUCGUUCCCUGGCCAGGUCAGUAAUGGUCUGAGUGGUGGCUAUGCCUGCUCCCUCCCCUCUACCCCCGUGGUCAGUCACAGAGAGCUGAGGGUGGCUCACGGGGAAGGGGGAGGCAGCUCACGUUCCCUGAAGAGCAUCCCCCGACGACCCUCCCUCUUCAAGAACCGAGACUUAGAUAAAAGAGGCAGUGAUCCCAAAGGAGACUCAAGCAACACUCGUGGUAUUCCAAUCAAACAGAGCAUCCUUUGGAAGAGAAGUGGAAGCUCUCUGAACAAAGAGUGGAAGAAGAAAUAUGUCACCCUUUCCAAAAAUGGCACACUGUCCUACCACUCCAGCUCAAGUGACUAUAUGCAGAACAUCCAUGGGAAGGAAAUCGACCUGCUGCGUGUGACAGUGAAGGUUCCUGGCAAACGCCCUCCAAGAGCAGUCGCACCAGCGGGCCCCUCACCUGUCCCCCCUGGCUCUGGAGUCAAUGGGCUCAGUAAGGAGCUUGCAGCUGCUGAGAGCUCCAGUACAGUCCCUCAGCUGUGUCCAUCCACCCUCUCUGUGGUUGAUGACCGCUCUGGUGGUUUGUCGCCACAAGGAGGAGACCGAAGCCUUCAGCGUUGCUCCUCGUCUUUGUCCGCAAAAGCACAAAGCGUCGAUGCCCUCGAGGGGACGUCCAGUCCAUUUUCUGGAAAAGACGCUGGCCAGUCCUCUCCCAUGGCGGACCGCAAAAAGAACAGGAGGAAGAAGAGCAUGAAUCAAAAAGGAGAUGCAGCAGUCGGGCAGGCUGAAGCCAAACGCAAAAUGUGGAAGUUAAAAAGCUUUGGUAGCUUGAGAAACAUUAAUAAGACAGAUGAAGAAAAUGCAGACUUUAUCAUUGUGUCGUUUACCGGGCAGACAUGGCAUUUUGAGGCUCAGAGUCUGGAGGAGAGGGACUCUUGGGUGUUGGCUAUUGAGAGUCAAAUUUUGGCAAGCCUGCAGUCCUGUGAGAGUGGCAGAAACAAGGCCCGGCGGAGCAGUCAGAGUGAGGCUGUGGCACUGCAGGCCAUCCGUAACACCAAAGGCAACAAUCUGUGCGUGGACUGUGACGCACCAAACCCCACCUGGGCCAGCCUGAACCUGGGCGCACUGAUCUGUAUCGAAUGCUCGGGAAUCCACAGAAACCUGGGCACACACCUGUCUCGAGUACGCUCCCUGGACCUGGACGACUGGUCCGGAGAGCUCACACAAGUCCUGUCCGCCAUUGGAAACCACAUGGCUAACAGCAUCUGGGAGGGCCGCACUCAGGGGCGAGCCAAGCCCACACCCAACGCUUCACGUGAGGAAAGAGAGUCCUGGAUUCGUGCCAAGUAUGAACAACGGGCGUUUGUGCCAGCCCUGCAGCCGGUGCCUGGGAUGCCGCUAACAGACGACAGCAUGCCUGCAUGGUUGCUGUCUGCUGUGACCGAGAGAGACCUGCCCAGGCUCCUGCUCCUGCUCGCCCACAGCACCAAGGAGCUAAUCAACGCUCAGCCAGCCACAUCUGCCACAGCCCUGCACUCAGCCUGUCAGCUGGGUGACGUAGUCAUGACCCAACUGCUCAUCUGGUACGGAAUUGACGUAAAAGCGAGGGAUAACCAGGGCCAGACGGCCAUGAUGAUGGCGAGAAAAACUGGCAGCAAAGGCUGCAUUAAUAUUUUGCUCCAACACGGCUGCUCUGAAACCUCUCCUGCCACGGCCACACCGGUGCUCUCCCGCCGCUCCAGCACCGCCAGCUUGGGCCGGACCAGCUCCAGGAAGCACGUGUCGUAACCUGGGACAAGGACACUUAUUUAUGUCCUGGUGAUGAUGACCAGGGGAAGUAGUUCUGAAACCUUCCAACAAGGCACCUUUGGAGUGGGCUGGAGGAGAAAAUGAUUAUAUAGCAUACAGUUAAUGGAAUAUAAAAUGCGUCUCAGAAGACUGAGCAACAUAUCAAACCACUUGAAGCAAUAUUCAUUCCAUUUGUUGAUGACAGAUAUAUUGCUGAAAUAUUGUGUUGUUCUUGACCUCAUUCCCAAACAACGUAAGUAGAAUCUUUGUAGCCGUUGAUCUACUUGUGUUUGGCUUCCUCCAGAACAAGUGCAAUAAAACGACGGGCUGUGUUGUGGGCGUGCUUACGAGAGCGAAUCGAUGAAAUGAGAAGGUGACACCUCUGUUCGCAUUGGUUGAAAUUGGACCAAAACAGUUUUUUUUGUCUUAACAAAUAAGACAUAAAGCUACAAUAUGUCGUCUUGUGUGUGCCUGUUGCCUCACUUUAAAGGUCUGUUUGACCUUUAGAAGCUGUUUUUGAUCAAAGGAUUCAGCUGGGAAUGUUCUUUCUCAUUCUCAUAAGAUGGCGUAGUUUGGAACAUGAAAUGUUACGUCAAUGUUUGUUUCAUUUUCUGGUCAAAGAUAUGGCGCUUUAAUAAACUGUAAAUGAACCGAUAAAACAUUCACAAUGAUCAACUCUGUAACAAAGACACCGUGAAAACCAAUCCGUUUUGUAAAUGACUUCUUAAAAGGCAGUUUUUAAAAGUUUGUUUUGUCAUUGUCUUUUCAAAGUUUUCUUAUUCUCCUACAUGUCAUGUCAACAUACACCAAUGAGCAGACGCUGUUAUGUCAUAACAUGAGGCAGUAUGUCAUUUGGGAUAAACAAAAAUGACUGAAGAUAAGGAGAAGCUAUUCCAUGAUUGAUAUCCUAUUACUGUUGUGUAUAGGUCUGUUACAUGAGUCUACUGUGAUGAAUGAAGCAUUGUUAUUUUGCGCACUUUGUGGGUUGUGCGUAUCCCUCGUGAGCUUCAACAAAUGG